GUAAAACUCCAAAGAUUUGAGAUAUGAAUGUUUUAGUCACACAGCAUGUCGAAACCGUUUUUUCUUGAGUAAUGUCUGAGAUAACAGAAAUUUGAUUUUGAUUUGGCUUGCCCACAUUUUCCAGAUCCUGAUUUCAUUUCCUCAGUACCAGGCUGGGCCCUCUCCAGCAUGGAUUCACCCUUAUAUUCAGCCCCUGCGCCCUACGGGUCCCUCCCUGCCACGAACCAGCUCUCGUUUACUAUUGGUCAUCUGUUUUCCAUAAUUAAACAAACUCCUUAAAGACCCGUGCCAGUUCCUGAACUCCUCCAAUGUGCGAUGCCAAAAAGUGACACCUGGCCUGGGGGCGUUUCCAUUGACUCUGUGCCUGGAAUGGACAGUGCAGGAAGCUGUGAUAGUGUGCUCAGCAGCAACUCUGGAUUUAGUGAUGAUAGUCUAGAGCACCUUUCUGCUGAAGAGCGAGCCUGUCUCAUGUUCCUGGAGGAAACCAUCGAGUCGCUGGAGGUCGAAGACGACAGCGGUUUGUCUAACGAUGAGCCUGAUCGCCCAACUAAUGGCAUUAAAGAUAAAACUGCUCAGCGGACGUCCAUCUACCAGAACAAAUCUGAUGAGCUAUCAGCUCACGAGGACCCAAACAAAGUGACUGGAAGAGAUCGUAAACCAUCUCAGAAGUACCUUGUGCCAACUCCUUUACUCCUUGCCAGUAGGAAUGAUAAGAUAGUGAGCAAACCAAUGGAAUCAUCUCCCAAAGAAGCACCUGUGGUAUUUAUUGACGCACCUGAUGGGUUUAGAUCAAGCCCUGACAUUCAACAACCUGGAAGAACUGUUCCCAAAGAAGCUGCUUCAAAAGUAGCACCUGCCAAACCAAGCAUUGGACUAUUAAGUGAUGCGGUGGACUUGCCACCUUCCUUCAUACCUGAACCUCCAGUUAGAACAAGUUUGCCUAGUGAAUCGAAAGCCAAAAAUGGUGCACCCAAGAGUUUGGAUGUCAAGUCUCAGACGAAGCAGGAGAAACAGUCCUCAGAGGUGUCUCUGGAUUUCAUUCCUCCACCUUCAGACUUCAUGGAUGAACCAGCGGAGAAGAUAAGCUUCUCUUAUUCGCCACCACCUCCACAGGUUUACGACGAGCCACCAGAAUGGGUUCCCGAGCUGCCCAAAACGGAGCCUCAAGUUGCUGCUGGAUCUGUCAAGCCAACUGAGGCGACCAAAUCAGUGAGUGCAGACCCAGAUAUAUCACCUAAUCCAUUAUCCCCCAAUGAGAUCAAAAACCUGCACAAGGACUCCAUGAAGAAAACACCUCACUUGACUCCGUUAAACGUUGCACACCAUUCUGCACCGGACAAACCGAUGACGCCUUCGCCAUCUUCAGAACAUGUGCCGAAAGAGUACAGCGAUCCCAAAAGCCCACCGGCUGUGGCGCCCAAACCCAAGAAGCUCCCAUCGAAUAUCAUCAUCAAAAGCCACAAGGAUCCGGGGCCCAUGCAUUCGUUACUUCCUCAAACCGAGCGUGCUCCGAUGGAUCCGCAGAAGACCCGAAUGGAGGCUUUGAAAAAAUUAGGCCUGCUGAAGAACGAAGAGGUUGAAACGGGUCACGGGAUGUCUCUUUCUCAUUCGCCAACAUUCAGAGCUAAAAAGCCUCAGUCGCUUUGUAACCCAACAGAACCUGCUCAGGAACUGUCCAGACUUUCCGAAAGCCCCGUUCCAGGGGAUGUGCAACUACUAGCAGAUCAUCUAAAGCACCAAGAUGCGAAAAGCAGGGAAGGUUCAUUGAAGAAUCAACCGACAAGGUCCUAUGAGAUCAAAACGGCGUCACUGGAGCGCACAAGGUCUCGAACGGUCGCUGACCCUGCGCCACAGACGACAAACCCAGACAGAACCCAAGUUGAGUUGUCGCCAGGUCAGUUACGAAAGAGCAGAGUUCGGCCUCCUUCGGUAGGGAGCGCGAAGGACUUUGGUAUUGGCCAUCAUGCUGACGAUUCAACCAAAUCACUCAACGCAGCUGCGGUUCAGCCAGGGAACGAUGGCCAAAAGUUGCCCCGCUCCGGAAUAAGCGUGAUGAUCUCUCCGCACAGUAAAAAUGGAGAGAACCGAAGGGAAGCCUUGAAGAAACUGGGAUUACUGAGGGACUAAUGUAUGGUGCUACUGACUUUCUAUGGUUACUCAAUUCACAAUUUAUUCUGGGUAUUAGGAACAUUAGCAUAGAAAUGGCAAGUGCUGAUGAAACAGACUUUCGUUGACAUCGUUUGUGAUGCUUUUGGAUGUCGGCUUGGUGGUCAAAUUGCAUCUUUAGCUACCUGCUUAAGUAAGUGACACAGCGUAAUAUUUGCACUUUCUUAAAAAUUGUUUUGUGAAGGCUGCGUCCACAUGAAUUCAGAUUAACCUUAAAACAGCAUUUUCUGCUCUUCUGUUGUUUUCAAAAAGUUGCUUGUCAACUUCAAAACAUCAUAAAAUUUACGUAAUCAGAUUACUUUUUCAAGUAGCUAGGAAAGUGACAAGUUACUUUUUCAAAUAUGUAAUGCUAAUUGGUUAAUUUGUAAUAAGUUGAGAAAAAAAAUAUAUGCUAAAAUAGGUUUCAAAAUAUAAUUAUGUAAAUAUAUUUUCUACCAAUAUAUUUUUUUGGCCAUUUUAUUAUUUUUAGAAUAUAGGUAUAUAUUAAUGAAAAAUAUUGUAAGAUGGGAAAUGCAUUUUCUUGCCCCUAAAAUACAUAUUUUGGUAAAUGUAUAAAUAUAUUUUAUUUAAAAAAAUUAUUUAAUUGAGUUUCAUUGUAUAAAACACACAUUUAGCAUAUAUUUUGCCCAGGAAAAAUGUUUUUCUGUAUGGAUAACAAAGCUGUUUCAAUGUUAGUGGAAGGCCUCAAAACGUGUUUUCAGAUUGAUCCCAAUAAAGUGGACGUAGCCUAAGACAAAAAUACAUUGUUAUUGGAUAUUAUAUUGGCGUAGCCUUAAGAUGAUGGUUUCCAGAUCACUUUCACUUUUUGUGUAUUGUAAAAUGUAAAUAUAGUUGCAGUAUUUUCCUCUGAAAAAUAAAAAUAGAAACAUCAGAUUA